AAAGGGUCCCCGGCGAACGGAAAAACAGGUUCGUCUGCUAGUUCUGCGCUCGUUUCCGGUUUCUCCUCCGACCCGAAGAUCGAUCGUACGAGCUCAUCUCCUCCGAAUCCUUCAAAAAUGGCGACCAGGCCCAUCAUCAACCUCAACGAGAAAAUCCCCUCCGAAGAAGAAGAGCCGGAGAGCCCCACACAAACCCUAGACUCCGCUGACCCGUCCCCGACCUCAGAGCCCGACCGGCAGGCCUCGUCUUCGGCGGCAGAUCCAGAUUCCGGGAAAUCGCGCAAGGAAGGCGAAGAAGGACCGGUGAAGGGCACGACCGCGACGGUCGUCUCGAGCGGCACCGGUCCCGUGAACGACAUCUACAGGAGGAUUCGACGCGCCGAGCGGUUCGGGAUGCCGGUUCAGCUGUCCGAGGAAGAGAAGCGAUAUUCUCGCGCUGAGAGGUUUGGCACUGGGUCUCUUCUGAACAAGUCAGAAGCUCGUGGUGAAUCAGAGGCACUGAAGAGAAAAGCUAGAGCAGAGAGGUUUGGUGAUUCGGUUUCAUCACUCAUCACAGAUGAGGAGGCAAAAAAGAAAGCCCGGCUUGCUAAAUUUGGGUCGGGUUCCAAACCCAUUGCUCAUGAGGAAGAUAAAAGGAAAGCAAGGGCAAUCAGGUUCUCUAAUCUUCCAGCAAGUUCCCUGUCCCAAGUGAAUGACAAGGCAGUGAUUGCAGGCAAGGCCACUGGAGGAGCAUGAGGAAAGACGGCAACAGCAACCCCUUUUGUUUAUACUUUUCCUUUUUCGUGUAGAGUUUGCAAACUUAGUUGCGUCUGACAUUUGAAGUGCCGCACAGCCUUUCUAACAAAUUCCAGAUCCAAUACUCCCUUUUCCUCAAACAGCUCUAGUGCAGCGACAUACCAAGGUUUCUGCAGGUGAAAGGAAGUUGCUCUUUUUGUUAAGUGUCAAUCGUUUUACCCACUUACCCAUUGACGCCAGUGGAAUCACGAAGCUCCCCCCUCAGUGUCAACUUAUCGACCGUUCUUCUGAAAAUAUCUGAAGUUCCUAUUCACAAGCACAUCAACUUUCGUCUUGGAUGGUUUUUAAUAGACUGGCACCAGUGGAAAAUAUGCUGUUAUAACCGCUUUCUUUCAAAAGCUAAAGACCAACUUAUUCUACUCAUGAACUGGUACAGGAUGGGUAGCCUCUCAUAUCCAAGCUUAGCAUGGCACUGAGUGACAGCUUCAGCAUUGACUAAUUUCUUUUAUCUCAUGAGAUUGCCAUUUUUCUCCUGUACUGAGGCACUUUUUGGCACUCUUAGAGUUAAUGCACAUUUGCUAAAGCCAGUGGUGAUAGAUAAGGCAUUCGCUUUUGAAGUCCGAAGUUUCUGGGGCCGCCUCAAAGCAUCUAAAUGUCCUUAAAAUCUCAAUUGGAUAGAAAGAUUCGGAAUUCAGUAUUUAUUGCAUUUUCUAUGUUUUCAUUCCCAUGGUCAUGUUUGCCUAGUUUUGAUCAUUUGGAGAUGCUCCAAUCUUUAGAAUCAGGGUGCAUGCAGCUGAUGAGACUUGGAUCAUGGAUGACCUUUCUUAGCUGAUUGGAUUGCACUCGCUAUGGCUUUGUUUUUUUCAUCUGAAGAUGGGAGACGAUUAUUUAUGGUGCUUUUUGAAUGAUGCAUUGCAUACUUAGAUGCCGUGUAGAACAUCUUUUCAAACAUGAGGUCUCAGGGUAUAAUCGAAACGUGCUGGCGCAUUUAAUUUCAACAAAAUCUCUAGAUGCAUGCCCAUUCAAUCUUCUUUUUCCUUAUGGUAAAGCUUGUUCAUCAUUUUUUAUCGGAAGUCCUGAUCUGCUGUCAUUGGAUAAUGAGAGGCACAUCCAGUGUGAGUGGAAUAAGCUGAAGGCAGAGCUGAUAAGUGAAUUUCGUCCUUCAGUCCGAGAUGUUUAUGAAGUUGUUCAUGUUUCCUGAUUUUGUGACAUAUUGGAAUGGUUAAUUCUGAUAAGUUGGCACUUGGGAGGAUUUUGUUGAUACUGCAGUGUUGAUGGGUGAUUUGUGGAUUCAGCCAGGUAAGAUUUCGCCAAGUAGGUUUUACUUUGGGGCAGUUUGUUUCCGUUGUGGUGUAUUACUUGAAAAAGGUCUUUGUCAUGUAUACUGGUACCGAGCUUUUAAUUUUAGAUGUUUUGUGGGA